UUUCCUCUAGUCGGGUUUAUGGUUUAUUUAUAAACCUUGAGGCAAAGUUGUUGCAAUUUUUUAAAACCGUAUCGUCAAACGUCAGUCAGUAUGUGCAGAAGAACGGUUUGCCUUUUUCUACUGCUAAUUUCCUUGUUUCAAGCAUGUACGUCCCUAAAAUGUUACUCCUGCAGUGCUCAAGUAGGGCCAAACGACUACAACGAUUGCGAGUGGUUCCACUAUGCUGACUGGGAGCGACAUAAGGUCUCCACGUGCCAUUUUCCCGAUGCAGUCUGUGCAAAAUAUGUAGUGGAUUAUAGCGGCAACAAGUGGGUGCACAGGGACUGCAAGCACCACGAUGUCUGUUCGUUCCUCAGUGCUACCAACGGCAACGACAUGAACAUGUUGCUGGAGUGUGAGACUUGCGCAGACAAGGAUUUAUGUAAUUCUGCACCAGCGCAGUUCCAAGGACUUACCACAACAGUGUUGGUGUUGCUUUGUGGGAAAUUUUUAAUAUGAAUUUCUUAGUUUUUCUAGACAUUUUCUUGUAUGAAUUCAACGACGAAGGAGGCGUUCUUGAAUUUUUUUUGGAAUUAUGUAUUUGAACAAGCAAUUUUGUUGAAACCCAACAGAACAUGUCUGUCAUAGAUAAUUUUAUCGUUAGAAUAACUUAAUAUUGGAAACCUGUAGUACAAUGUUCUAAUAAUAGAUAAUUUCUGUUUUGCCUGGUAUCGUUAUCUUAUUAAGUGAAUCACCAAUUUUUGGAACAAUAACUGUAAUUUACGUGUCGAUAAAAUUGAAGACGAAAAUUUAUAAUGUUUUUAUCCUCAAUAUUUA